GCGGUGGGAGGAGGAUGGCACACACACACACACACACAGACAGGGAAGAUGGAGGAUGGUGUGGCAGCGGCGGAGCGGACCUCCAACCUGCAGCAACAUCGCUGCUGAUAGCCGGGUGGACCUGAGAACAAGGACCUCACAGAAUCAAACUGCUGCUGGCAUCGUACACCUGAUAACACAAGGCUCCUCCCAGCAGCCUUUGCCCUGAUCCAUAAAGGCGCCUGCUGAUGACGGACUCCUAAAACCUUUCUCUGAUUCAGCUCCACCAACCAGAACCAGACAGCCAUGAACCCCGAGGAGACGGAGCUUGGCCAGGAGGUUAUGGAGGAGAACAAUGCCCCUCCUCGCCAGCGCCACAACAACCGGCCCCGUAACCACAGCAACCAGGAAAAGCGCUACAGACGCUUUGAGGCCCCUGCUGGAGGAAGUGCUGGCAGCAGAGCGAGGGUGCCGCAGCAGCGCAGGCCACAGGAGGAGCCGGACAUGGAGCUGCAACACGGAGCUCGGUCUGCACAGCCCCAACAGCCCCAGCCCAUCCCCCGACCCGCGGUGACACGGUACCGCCGGCAGGGGGACAGCGAGGCACGGAUCAGGGCCCAGCAGCAGAGGCACAGACAGAGGCAGCAGAGAGAGGCAGAGAGAGCACAACAACAGGAGAGGCAGCAGCAUGCGGAGAUGACCCGGGAGGAUGAGCGAGAGAGGGACGAUUCAGUGCUGGCCCGCUCAGCGAGCACGGAGAGCGGCUUCCACACCCAUACCGAUCGGGCUGAGGGGGACGAUGGUCUGGUGAUGAUGUCUCUGGAGCCUGAGGGGCAGCCAGAGGCGGAGGAUGAGGCGGGGAACUACGGAGUCCAGCUACGGCCGGAGGCGGAGGGGUACACAGAGAGUGCCGAGGCUGAACAGCAACACCAACAACCCCAUCCUAACUAUCCUCCUGAGCCCCCGCCACUGCCACGUGAGCCCCUGCCUGAUAUCCAAAACCCCCAGAGACAGGAUGAAGAAGAGGAGAUGCUGAACACUGGCUACUCCAACUACGUCUACACCCGGCCCCUCAGCCACUCUGGAGGAACCGACUUCUCGGCCAGUCAAAGCUCGGAGAGUUUAGACGCUGUUCUUCCGGACGAAGCCUACUCUGAGCCAUAUGACAUUUACUCACUCUCUGAGCAUGUUUACGAGGAAAUCUGCGACGCUCCCACUUCAGUUUCCUCCGCUGCAGACGGGGCUGAGGACACAAAGUCUCUCCAACAGAGGCGGGCUGGCUUUCAGCUGUUGGAGGGCCGGGCGGGGGGUGGAGACUACCAUCAGCAGGAGGCGGUGGGCUCCCGUCUUCGCCACUACGACGAACGCUCUGACGGUGAGUCAGACAGCCCUGAGAAGGAGGCGGAGUUCGCCCCGUACCCACGCGCUGACAGCUGCGACCAGGAGGAGGACAUCGACAGCAUCGUGGCUGAAGUCAAAGAAAGCCUGAGCUCUCAGAGUCUUCAUUGUGCUGUGGAAGACACCAUAGAUGAAGAAAAUGAGCUACAGCAGGAAGAAGAAAAGUCCCAAAUGGACUCUGACAAGACCCACAGAGCUGGCGCCCCAGGGCAGCCAGCCAGAAGAGCAUCUGUGAGUCCUCCAGAGGAGCCUGCAGCUGCGAGGAACAGCCAGGAGAAGAGGGACGCCAUCUCCCUGGCCAUCAAGGACAUUAGGGAGGCCAUAGAGGAGGUGAAGACCAGAACAGUGAGAUCUCCGUACACACCUGAUGAGCCCAAGGAGCCCAUCUGGGUAAUGAGGCAGGACCUGAGCCCCACCGCUGAGAGUGACCUUCAGCCAUCACUGGGGGGCGACUCUCCUGGUUCAGGCUCGCCCUCUCCUCCAGGAGCAGAGUCAUCCAGCAGACUACUGCUGCAGGAUGACAGCGUGGAGUCUUCUCCCUCCAGUAAAGAGUCCAGGAGAAGCCUUGCGUCUUUCCCCACGUAUGUAGAAGUCCCGGGCCCCUGUGACCCCGAGGACUUGAUCGAUGGGAUCAUCUUCGCUGCCAACUACCUGGGCUCCACCCAGCUGCUGUCGGAUAAGACUCCGUCCAAGAACAUCCGCAUGAUGCAGGCACAGGAGGCCGUCAGCCGCAUCAAGACGGCCCAGAAAUUAGCCCAGAACAAGAAGAAGGCCCCUGAGGGUGAGCCUCAGCCCAUGACAGAGGUGGAUCUCUUCAUCUCCACGCAGAGAAUCAAAGUGCUCAACGCUGACUCCCAGGAGACUAUGAUGGACCACCCUUUGCGGACCAUCUCCUACAUUGCUGACAUUGGCAACAUCGUGGUCCUGAUGGCCCGGCGCAGGAUGCCUCGAUCCGACUCUCAGGAGAAUGUGGAGGCUUCAGACCCAGGCCAAGACAGCAAGCGCCAGUACAAGAUGAUCUGCCACGUGUUUGAGUCUGAGGAUGCCCAGUUGAUUGCCCAGUCCAUCGGGCAGGCCUUCAGUGUGGCUUACCAGGAAUUUCUACGAGCCAAUGGCAUUAACCCAGAGGAUCUGAGCCAGAAGGAGUACAGUGACCUGCUCAACACUCAGGACAUGUACAAUGAUGACCUCAUCCACUUCUCCAAGUCUGAGAACUGCAAAGACGUGUUCAUAGAGAAAGCCAAGGGGGAGAUUCUGGGCGUGGUCAUUGUGGAGAGUGGGUGGGGCUCCAUCCUGCCCACUGUCAUCAUUGCCAACAUGAUGCAUGCUGGGCCGGCUGAGAGGUCUGGGAAACUGAACAUAGGAGACCAGAUCAUGUCCGUUAAUGGGACAAGUCUGGUGGGACUGCCCCUGUCCACCUGCCAGACCAUCAUUAAGGGUCUGAAGAACCAGUCUGGGAUCAAGCUAAACCUCGUCAGAUGUCCCCCAGUGACCACUGUACUCAUCAGACGGCCAGACCUCCGCUACCAGCUGGGCUUCAGCGUCCAGAAUGGCAUUAUCUGUAGCCUUAUGCGUGGUGGCAUCGCCGAACGUGGCGGGGUCAGAGUGGGUCACCGCAUUAUCGAGAUCAACAGCCAGAGUGUGGUGGCCACGCCCCACGAAAAGAUUGUCCACAUCCUGUCCAGCGCUGUGGGAGAGAUCCACAUGAAGACGAUGCCUGCAGCCAUGUACCGCCUGCUGACCGCCCAGGAGCAGCCAGUUUACAUUUAACAAGACAAAGUCCUGAGCUCACACACCCUUUAAUCAGCUGCUGCCCCACACACACACACACACACACACACACACACAC